AUGAAGAAACUCCAAUAUGGCUUACAGCUUCUCGCCUUCUUGUCGUUGCUCAGCUCCGUGACAAGCCUCCUUACCAAGCAUAUCCAAUACAUACAGAUCAAAGCCCCAAACAUGAAGCCGCGCUUGAGCCCUAGAGAGUCCCAAUGGGCCAACCGGUUCGAAGCUGGCUUGGAGACUUAUGGCUUGUACUCAAAAGGCUUUGCUACCAUUCAAUGUUUGGGAAUCAUGGCAGGGGCCUCCACGGUCGAGGGGGGCGUAGACAGGUGCGACAUGAGCGACCCGACCCCAUCCGUACACAUCGAGAAGGCCGACAUCAUCUUCAUGCCAGAACAGUACCGAAGAUCACUGAACGACUUCAACAAGCUUGCAUUGGACAAUAAAAUAUUCCCUAUAGUCUUGGAAUCACGCCUAAAGCAAGACCCUGAAGCUUUACUGGCUAUUAUCAACCUCCCUUCCGAAGCGGGAUCGGCGGCUACGAAAAGGUUUGGGAGAAUACUAGCCCAAGAGAACCCAGGCCAAAAGCCCCUUUCCAAAGCAUUAAAAUCCACCAAGAAGGGCAAGGUGUUGUCUUUUGAGGCAGACGACGAAGAGGGCGUGGGUCGUAUCGUGGGAUACAUUGCCAGGAAGUCCUUUGGCAAGCUACUGGACUUUUUGGAUAAUGAUCCCUACUAUGGGCUUCACCCCGAUAAGGACGAUAUCCCAAAAAAUCUCCUCUCUAGGACAACAGAGAGGAAGCAGCUUCCAGCAAUCUUCAAGGGCGAUUCGCCUGUCAACAUUAUACAAGCCAAUUUUUAUGCUGCACAGAAAAUCCUGCAUCCGAGCAAGGAUAGUAAGAAUUGA